AUGUCAGAUUUAAAAGAACCGACAAAUUUGAUGGCUAAGUACCAUAUUAUUAACAACAAAUUAAAAAAACGUUUUAUGAAGAAUCCGAAUUACCCAGAAAUUAGCGAAGAAUUCAUCUCAUUAGCAAAAGAAUGUGAGCAAAACCAAGCUUGGCAGUAUGCUGGUUUGUGUUAUACAGCGGCAUCAAGGUGCUAUCGUAUAAUGGGAGUAACAACGUCUGAGAUAAAUUCAUUAGUACAAGCUGGAAGACAGUACUUGGUAGCUGAAAAACAGAACAAGGACAUUGGGUGUCCGUCUUUGGGCCAAGAAAAUAUUGUUGCUGCUACUAAAUGCUUCCUCGAUGCUUCAGAGCGGGUUCCUGAUGCACCAGAAUUCAAGGUGCUUGUUUCUGAGUGUCUGAGAGAAGUUGCUUCCUAUCAAAAAGGCACAUCAGCUUGUGAUCAGUUGCUGAAAAAAUCCAUCAGCAUGUGUGCAACCGUGGAAUCCUUCGACGCUUUGAUAGUCAACAGUAUAAAACAAGAUAACUAUGUUGAAGCUCUCAACGCGAUUAAUGAACUAAUUGGUCUCAUUGAAAGUACAGAGUCAAAGACGUUGACUCGCUAUCGUCAUUCUUUACACAACGCCGAAAUCAAUCGGCUUUUGUUGGUGUUAAUUAUGUAUCCCACGUGUUUCAAGGUCCAACCUGUGCAUAAAAAAAUCCUGGAUAAUUAUAUUGCCAAUGAAGAGAAUACUAAAAAUUGUCUCUGCUUGUGCGAUGACGAAUUUAUUUUGUUCCAGUCGCUGAUCUUGGCGUGUCAGUCUGAAGACAUUGAAGCUAUUAUAGAUUUAGAAACAGAAUUGUGGGAUUAUUUAAAUGCUUAUCAGAAAGAUCUUUUGAGAGUACUUGUUCGAAUUAUAACUAAUGAGUAA